GAGGCGGAGGCUAUGUCUGGCGCAAACGGCGAACCACGGAAAAUCCUCAAGCUCGAUGAGGAUGUCGUCAACAGGAUCGCCGCGGGAGAGGUGGUGCAGCGUCCGGCGAACGCUGUGAAGGAGCUGAUGGAGAACAGCUUGGACGCAGGGUCGACGUCCAUCACGGUCACCGCCAAGCAGGGCGGGCUGAAACUGCUGCAGAUACAAGACAACGGCCACGGCAUACGUCGAGAGGACCUGCCAAUCGUGUGCGAGCGUUUCACCACAUCCAAGCUCAGGGAGUUCGGCGACCUCCGGACGAUGUCGACCUUCGGGUUUCGUGGAGAGGCUCUGGCGAGCAUCACCCACACCGCCAAGGUGACGAUUACCUCCAAGACGCCCUCUUCUCAGGUGGCGUACAAGGCCAAGUACUCGGACGGGAGGCUUGUGGCGGGAGGGCCCGGACAGAGCGCCGACCCCAAGCCGUGCGCGGGCGUCACGGGGACCACCAUACUGGCGGAAGACCUUUUCUACAACAUGGACACGAGAAGGCGAGCAUUCAAGAGCCCCGGCGAGCAAUAUAAGGGGAUCCUCGAUGUCGUUACCCGCUACGCCGUCCACUUCGGCGACAGGGGUGUAUCCUUCACCUGCAAGAAGCACGGUCAGCCCAGCCCCGACCUACACACGCCUCCGAGGUCCAGCUGCCUGGCGAACAUCCGGGUGGCGUUCGGGCCGGCGCUGUCGCGGGAGCUCGUGGAGUUGGAGUGCUCCCAGGCCGAGGAGUUGCUUGACCAGGGGGCGGACGGAGGCGAAGUGGCGCCCUCGAAGUUUGCGUUCAAGGCGAAAGGGCUCGUGUCGGGGGCCGACUACAGCGCCAAGCGGUCCGACUUCAUCCUGUUCAUCAACGACCGGUUGGUGGAGAGCCCGAGCAUCAAGAAGACCGUCGAGUCGGCCUAUAAGGACGUCCUGCCGAAGAACACUCACCCUUUCGUCUACCUCGGCAUCACCAUGCCUAGCCACCACCUCGACGUCAACGUACACCCCACCAAGCGAGAGGUUCAUUUCUUGCACCAAGAAGAGUUGCUGGAAUGCCUCCGGCAGGCUGUGGAACAGAAGCUAGCGGGUGCGAACCAGUCCAGAACCUUCUACAGCCAGGUCAUCCUUCCGGACAUGGACUUCGGCACGCCUGAAACCACCACAACAACGGCCGCAGCCGGGACCAGCAGCAAGAAACCCGGGGACAGAGGGGAUGCAUCCCCGGAUACCGAAGGCCCUACUCCGCCUGAAAGCAGCGGCGGCGGCGGCGGCGGCGGCGGCGACGCCUCCGCUAGUCCGCGGUCAUCGUCCCGCCGAUCCCCGCCCGCACCCCGCAAUGUCGGCCUCGAGGCCAUGGUGGAAGGCGACGAAGGUGGCGAAGAGGAGGCAGGGGGCGACGCUGGAUCAUCAUCCGGGGAGGGUGGCCAAGCGGCAAGGAAGCUCGUGAGAACGGACCGCACGGCCGGUAACCUGGACGCCUUCUUGCGGCCGUCGCAGCAGCCGGCGCUGUUCUCUCCUUUCCAGCCUUCUCAGUCCGGCGGGAGCAGCAAACAGAGAGGCAAGGCUCGCGGAGGCGGAGGCGGCAGCGGUAGGUCUUCCGACAUGGAGGAGGACGGGCGCGGACGGAAGGCGAAGGGGGGAAGUAAGAAUGAGGAGGAUGGUGAUGCGGCGGCCGCUGGCGGGGCCGAGGGGCCGGCCGUGACGGAGAUUUAUUCGUCUGAAGAAGAAAAGGGUGAGGGAGGAGAGGAUGGCGAGAAGGAGAAGGAGGAGGGCGAAGUGGUCAUAUGCGUGUGCCCGGUACCCGACGUCGGGCAACCGGACAACGUGGGCCAGGAGGAGGAGGAGGUGGGGGAGGAGGAGGGGAAAGGUCCAGCCUCGGAGGCGACAAGCGGGGAUCGAUCACAAGAAAAGCCGAGUGCUGGCAGCGGUACAGGCGGCGCGGUGGCAGCAGCGGUGGAGCGCCCGGACAAGGAAAAAACACCGCCGCAGACGAAACGUGAUAACAACAACGAGGAACAGAGCAAGAUGAAACCAUCGAAAAGGAAGAAGCAGGCCAUGCCUUUCGCGGGCAUAAGCAAGCUCGGUCGACCACACCAGAACUGCAACUGUUGCGGAGGCAGGGCCCCGCGAGGCCCCGACGGGUCCAUUGUUUUGACGCAGGAAGCGGGUGCGACUGGCGGCAGCAGCAGCACCCCCGGGGAUGGCAUCGAUGGCGUCCCCCAGCGAGGAACCACUUCUUCUCAGGACAGCAGCAGCAGCGGCAGCCAGGCGGCGGCGGUGAGGGCGCAGCAGCAGCACAGGCGGCCGGACACCUUUGUGGAGACCAGCGUCAAGUACAACAGCGUCCGCUCGCUUAUCGCAGACUUCAAGACGCAGGCGCACAAGGGACUGACGCAGAUGCUCAGGAAGUACUCCUUCGUGGGCAUGGUCGACUUGCACCUCUCGCUGCUCCAGUUCAACACCAAGCUCGUGCUCGUCAACCACACGGCGCUCAGCAAGGAGGCGUUUUUCCAGAUGACUCUCCGGAGAUUCGGCGCCAUGCCUCGGCUGCCCCUGGCGAUUCCGUUGCCGGUGCUUCCCCUCAUCCGCGCUGCUUUCGAUCUGCCUGAGGCGGCCUGGACGGCCAUGGACGGGGAUAAGGACGACCUUGCGCAGGACGCGGUCAAGCUUCUCGAAGAAAAGGCUGCGCUUUUGGACGAGUACUUCAUGAUCAGCCUCUCGCGACGAAGCGUCGCCGCCACCGCCAACGACGAUGACUCCGUUGAGGGCAAGGGCGGGGAGGAGAGGGGGGCAAACGGCACCGCUGGUAGUGAUGCUGCACAAGAAGAUGGAGAGGAGGCGCAGGCCCUUUGCAUCUCAUCGCUACCCCUGCUGCUCGAGGGGCACACACCGGUAGGGGAAGGGCUGCCGGUGUUCCUCCUCCGCCUUGCGAUAGAGGUGGAUUGGUCCGAGGAGCGCACUUGCUUCGAAGGGGUCGCCACGGAGCUGGCCCUUUUCUACAGCACCCUCCCCCAGGGCGGCGAGGAUACAGCGGUGCCCCCCGCCCCACUCCCGCCGCCGCCUCGCUCGGCGCCGCGGCAGCAACCGCGGAAGGAGCAUCGACGGCACCGCCACCGGUGGGUGCGGGGGCAGGAGUGGGGCACGGGUCGGCCCGGAAAAGCCCGGCGGCGCGGGGGGGGGGGGGUGCGGGCGCGGGCACGGCGGGCGGAGUUCGCGUUGGCGCCGGCGGAGGCUACGGCGGUGGUUCAAAACGUCCUGUAUCCGGCUUUCAGGUGGGCGCUGCUGCCCCCCCAGGCUUUCGCCGCCGAUGGUACCGUUCUGCAGCUCGCGUGUCUUGAGCGGCUUUACAAGGUCUUCGAGCGGUGCUGA